AUGAGAUUGUUACUGGUACUAGCACUGUUAUUGGCCUGUGUUUUAGCAGAUCCGGACUAUUAUAAGAUCCUUGGAAUCUCCAAAAAUGCAGACGAUAAAGAAGUCAAGAAGGCUUACAGAGCGAUGAGCAAGAAGUAUCAUCCGGAUAAGAACAACGGUGAUGAAGACACCAACCACAAGUUUAUUGAGGUGGGCGAGGCGUACGAGGUGUUGAGCGAUCCCAAGAAGCGUAAGCUCUAUGACCAAUACGGAGUUGAGGGAGUAAAAAACGGUGGUGGCGGAGGAGGAGGUGGAGGAGGCCAGUACGACCCAUUUGACAUGUUUUCACACUUCUUUGGUGGUGGAGGACACGGUGGAGGUGGAGGACAAGGCAAGAGACGAGGCAAUGAUGCCUCUGUGUCGAUUGAUUUCACACUGAAGCAGUUCUACAAUGGAGAAACCACCGAUUUCACAGUAAGGAUGCAAAGUGUGUGCAGCAAGUGUGAUGGAACGGGGUCUCAGGACAAAAAGACACAGACCUGUCACGUGUGUCAUGGAAGUGGAAGAGUACGGAUAAAGAGACAGCUUGCGCCUGGUAUGAUCCAACAGCAGGACAUUCCGUGCCAACAAUGUGGUGGAAAGGGAAGUGUGGUGAAGCACAAAUGUACCACAUGCCAAGGAAAUGCUGUGGUCCGCGAGGAGAGAACAUACCCUCUCCAUUUGCAGCAGGGAGCACCUAGAAACAGCGUUGAGAUCAUACAGGGAGAAGCAGACAAGAGUCCCGAUUGGGUGGCCGGUGAUCUGCACGUUGUCAUGGGCGAGAAGCCAGACGGGAACUUGGGUUAUCGUAGAGUGGGUAUCAAUCUGUAUCGCACAGAGGUGCUUUCGUUCAAGGAAGCUACUCAUGGGGGCUGGACGAGAAAGAUACCUUUCCUUGACAACUACGAUCCGAGCAUAACAUUGAGUCGCGAGGCUGGAAAGAUGGUUCAGAGCGGAGAGGUGGAGACUAUAAAGGGCAAGGGUAUGCCCAAGCACAAUAACGAAGAUGAGCACGGCGACUUGUUUAUAGAGUAUGUGGUGGUUUUUCCAGGUGGAGGGAAGACGGUGAAAGAUGAACUUUGA